CCAACACAACCACACCCAACACAACCAUGCCCAACAUAACCACACCCAAUAUAACCCCAGCCAACACAACCAUGCCCAACAUAACCACACCCAAUAUAACCCCAGCCAACACAACCACAGAUACCCAUGCCAUAAGUUUCUCACUGAAAAUAAAUGAAGAGUUUGACCUUGCACUUACCAACAGCUAUAGUAUAAAGUACAAAAAUUAUACAAAACGAAUUGGGGAUUCAAUUAACCAUAGUUACAGCAGUGUAUCAGGCUACAAGGCCAAUUCUGCAACCGUGACUGGUUUCAGGUCUGGCAGUGUGAUUGCAGACUUCAAUAUUAAUGCAACAAGUGAUAACCUUAAUUUGAUAUCAGCAAACCAGCAAGUAGUUGCCAGUCUCAGAGAACAGGGAUUUAAUAUAAGUGAUGAUGCAUUCAGUAGAACUGUUAAGGAUGGGCUGUAUGAAAGCACAGACCAAAUAUAUCCUGAGAACGAUGUGACACUAACUUGUAACACGACAGUAAAUGACAACAUAACAUGGACGAAGGAUGGGAAAGAGCUAGCAGCAUCGGAUAAGUAUUUGAUUAAUAAAACUGCACUCGUUGUGAAAAAUACUGCUCCUAGUGAUAGCGGUGUAUAUGAAUGCAGAACAAGAGUAAACUCAAUGCCCUAUGUUAUCUGGCAAAGCCUUAUGAUUCCAGAUCCCAAUAUUCAAGUAAACAGUUCCAAAGUUUUAACAUGUGGGAACUUGAAAGAAAGACUGCAGUGCUGUGUGCACACAAGCUAUAGCGUGAAAUGGGUGUCCAACGAGGUUUGCGGUGAACCAGUUGAACAAAACAUAUACGGCUGCAUAUACUGUGACUACGACAUUAAUGCAAAUGAGUGUCAACCUAGUGACCAAAACCUGACAGUCACAUGUACACUCACUAAAAGUAAUUACUUCAGGAGCAUCAGAAUAGAUGCAGUCAACAGAGCAUUUACCUGCUCUGAUGAUAAAUCUAAUGGUGCAUUUGGAGCUGGAAGUGUGGGAGAAAACAAAACUGGUGACUGUACUGGAGACGUGAUUGGUUAUCAAAUAGCUCAGUGUAAUGCAUCAGGUGACUGGAUUGUUAUUUAUGACAACUGUGUCCUGAAAGUCAUUAAAUAUUUGAAAGACAGAUCUGAGAAUUUACUAGCCAUAGACCUUCCACAAUUUGCACAAAAUGUAAGCAGUGCCACUGCCACAAAUGCUGCAGAGAUAACAAAGUCUCCUGCGACCAUAUUAACAAUUGUCGAGUUACUGAAAACCAUUGCCCAUCUCUCACAAACAAUUAUUGUUAAUGAAGACAUUAUGACAGAUUUUUUGCAAACUCUGGAUGUCAUUGGAUCAGGUGAUGCACAGGACGCAUGGUGGAAUAUAAACAGAAACAGUACAACUAUGAUGAAGAGUUCUGAACUUCUGAAGUCUAUUGAGAGCAUUGCACGUAGACUCCCGGAUGAAAGCUUCAACAUAAUAACAAAUUAUACCUCUUUCAAAAAAGACAUCAACAUUACUAACCCCUUUAAUGGAACAUUUGGUAAAAAUUCAACUACCCAAAUAAAUAUUCCAGUGAUUAGUCCAAAGAUGUCCCUCACAGUCAUAAUUUCUUCAGUUCUUAAUAAUAUCUUACCUGUUCGAAAUCUGACCUACAAUGACAGCAGUCAAACUGGCACCACUAUAAAUGGAGAUGUAGCUGUGAUUGAGACAAAGUCAACAAUUAACAACAUCUCCCUUUCUUUUGCCAUAAAAAAUAAGGCACUUGGAAAACCUCAGUGUGUCUUUUGGAACUUCAGUCUUCUGAAUGACAUUGGUGGAUGGGACUCGACUGGAUGUCAAUUAAAGACAUUAGGAAAUCAAGCUGAAAGAUUUACAUGUGAGUGCAAUCACACAACCUCUUUUUCAAUCCUGAUGUCACCAGUUUCAACUCACAGCCCAGCCUUAGACAUUAUAACUUAUAUUGGUGUUGGCAUUUCCAUGGCCUGCUUGAUGUUGUGCCUCAUCAUUGAAAUCAUUAUAUGGAAAUCAGUGACACGAAACGACACAUCCUACAUGCGCCAUGUCUCCGUAGUCAACAUUGCUGUCUCCCUUCUGAUUGCGAACAUAUGCUUCAUCAUUGGAGCAGCGGUUGUUAACCAAGGAGAGGGUCCCUGCAGUACAGCGACAUUCUUCAUGCACUUCUUUUAUCUUGCCCUUUUUUUCUGGAUGUUGCUGUCAGCACUCUUGCUCCUGUAUCGCGUCCUCAUGGUCUUUUCCAGAAUGACCAGAGGCACAAUGAUGGCCAUAGCCUUCACUGUUGGCUAUGGAGCCCCAUUAAUCAUAGCUGUCAUUACUGUGGCAUCUACAGCUGGAAGAAAAGGAUACAUUCAAAAAGAUUAUAAUUGCUGGCUAAACUGGAAUGAAACGAAGGCCCUCCUGGCAUUUGUGAUUCCUGCUCUGACUAUUGUAGCUAUAAACCUCCUGGUGCUUAUUGUGGUUCUGUGUAAGAUGAUGAGGAGAGGAGUUAAUGGUUCCACUCAGCCAGAUGACAAACAUCCCCUACUGGUCAUUGCUAAAUGUGUGGGGAUUUUAACACCUCUAUUUGGUCUAACGUGGGGAUUCGGCAUUGGGACCAUGGUGUCUCCAAACUUUGGAGUUCACGUGGUGUUCGCAUUCCUUAAUUCACUGCAGGGUUUCUUUAUUUUGGUGUUUGGUACAUUACUGGACAAUAAGGUCCGAGAAGCAUUGGCAGGAAAGUUGGCACUGACUAACUUGAGCUCUAAUCGCACCAGGAGCACAAGUGCAGGACCAUCAUCCUUAGGUGCAUUUCCUUUCAUUCAGAGGUUACGGAAGAGAGGUGCGCACAAUAUAUCGGAAGGCAGAGUUUUGACCACAUCUUCACCUUUCUAGCAGUUGAGCUAAUAUGGCUGAAAGGAUUUUCUUAUUUGACUUUUAUCCAAAGCUACUUAUAAUUGAUGCAGGAUACAAGUGAGCAGGUUAAGAUUAAGGUUAAUGACUUGCUUAAGAACCAUGGCAGUUGACAGCAAGGAUAUGAACUCACAAUCUUCUGUUCUGUAGAUCAAAGUCUUAAUACACUUCCACUCACUUCCAGAACUAAUAAACUAUCAAUUCACACCCUCACAAAAUACCAAACUACACUGAUUUUAACUGAGAAAGCCUAAUAUUGAACAGCUGUUGACAAAUCAGUAUCCUGGGUACCUGGAAACAAGCACAUUACAUAUGUGGGCUAUUAGAUUUUCAUUUUUACAGUUGUAGGUUCAGGAGGCUGAGGUCACCAGCAGCAACCACAGAAAGAAUAAAUUUUACUCGCUAUUUAAUUUAAUCCCCUCAAAACCUUUUCAUUUGAUAUAUUUGUUUAAACAGAACACGCUCCAACUAGUUCAUACAUUUCUCAGUGUUAAUGGCCAUGGUUUUGGAAUGGGAUGUUUAACAGCACAUAUGAGUGCAAUGGUCAGGGUUUUAAUGUACUUUUGGCUAUAUAGUGUAGCUUGAAUGGAUGCUAGACAAUAUUUCCAGAAUCAGGAACAUGAAUGGAUGUGAAAACAGUGACAAAACUAAGCAAAAUAAAGUAUAGUACAGUGCAGUGCAGCACAAAAUCGGUUACAUAACACUAAUGCUAAAAAAAAAAAGCCACCUCACUUUUAACCACAACAUCGAGUGAAUAUUGAGAUGACAGUCAGACUCAAAUAAUAUUUUUUUGCAUGAGACGAGAGAACAGCACAACUCAUAACUGAAACUAAAGCCAAAGACUUUCUGCAGUUUUGUUAAGGGCACAAACAUGAUGCUUUAUUAUCAGUGACAUUAUCAGAAGAGAAUAAAGACUAUGACUACUUAAACUCACUCCUAGAGAUUCAAGAACUUGCUUAUUUUCCAUAGUCAUCUGUAUUAAUGCACACGAUUAGCUCAGCAUACUUUAGUGUUAAAUUAUGUUUAUGUAUAUAUUAUGUAAUUAUGUUUUAGACUAAUUAAUUGAACUACUGGGCAAAGCAUAACACAAGACUGGACUUUAUGAUUUGUCUACUCCUAGUCAACCAUUUUAGGAAACAGCAUCAUCUCACACUUGCAGAAACAAAUUCUUAUAAACAUUGCCGAAGGUUAAGGUUAUGUUGAAAUUUUGCUUUUGGUUCACAAAUCAAGCAUUUAAAAAAUCAACUUUUUAUUGCCUUUGCACCUCUGCUUAAAGUACAAUAAUAAUUAUUUUGAAUACUGCUUCCUAUCACUUAGUUCUGCACCAAAUGCUUUUGGGUAACCAACUCUAUUUUUCAUUUGUUCAUUCUUUUUUUUUUAAAUUUACUUUGACAGUUUAAACAUAUUUAGAGAUGCAUUUAACAUUUGGCCUUGUUACAUUGCCAGAAGGUAACAAAUUGAGCUCACUCACCUGUGUCCAAUCACAAUGGAAUAUUUAUACUUUAUUUGUUUUAAGGGUUGAUGACAUGUUUUUGCUUAUUCCCCAGCUGUGCACUGCUGAGAGAUUUUUACUGUGUAUAAGGUAUCAUGCUUUUUAAAUAUAUCUGUCAUCUUGUGGAUUGCUCAUGCUGUCCAUCAAUUUUCACAAUAUUUCAAAUUAGAACUGUGGCCUGUUACUAGUUCUAUGCUACAUUUAUUUAAUUUUUAAAUAAAUAAAACUACCAUUAUUUCA